AUGAAGAAUAGCUCUCAGGUUAUGUUGGAUCUACAGUUUCUGGAUACGCCUAGAAUCCAAAUUCAGCUAUCAGAGAACUGCUCUAAUGAUUAUCGUGUGUUUGGAAGCUACAAUCCGUAUCCAUCAAUUCGAAUCCUGCGAUUGACGCAGCUGGAAGAUUACCUCAACAGAUGGCGGCAGCUAUUAAAUCUUCAAAAAUACCCAAUUCGUACAAUUUUAUUUUCAAUUGAGCCACGCAUUUUUUCGUAUGUGAAUCGUCAGGGUCACUUGGUCUAUGCCGGGUAUAUGUAUAACGCCUUUAAGGAGUUCAGUCGACGCCACAAUGCUACGAUCCGGAUCUUGGAUGAGGUUCCCAAGGAGCGUUUACAAAUUACUGCCAUUGCUUUGUUUGCAAUGCCACAUGCCCGGCCCCUUGCUAGAUAUUUGUAUUUUGCUCGCCCUUUCACUUGGACUGUGUGGCUCGCAGUAGCUGGAACAAUUGGAUACGGGAUGCUAAUGCUUUAUAGCAGCAGCAAUGGAAAUGGUGUCUCCGAAAUAGGCAAGCAUUUUCUGAGCAGCUGGUGCCAUCUGUUGUUUAUCCCACAGCCGGUGAUCAGCUUUUCCAACUGGCAACAGGUUACGAUCCACUUCAUGAUGAUGCUGACUGGCUUUAUAUUGACGAACUUUUAUCUGGCAUUGCUUUCGAGCAUGCUGACAUCGGGUCUGUUUGAACCGCAGUUCAAUACUUUCGAGGAUCUCGUACGCGCCCCCUAUCCACUGCUGCUAGAAAAUUCCUAUGCCGAGACCUUUAAAAAGGCGCAGUCCAUGCCAGAUGCAGUUAAAAGGCGCAUUAUCGUUGUUGACGUCAGCGUUGUGGAUGCUUCUCGAAUUGCUCUAAACACAAGUUACAUGUAUAUUGGUUAUAUCGAUCGCCUGGAUGGCAUUCUUUAUCAACAGCGCCUGCUGAAAGUACCGCUCUUCAAGCUGACAACACAGAGUUUCAUUGAUGGUUUCAUGUCCGUCCCAGUGGUCACCGGCUUGCCCUACCUUAACAUGCUGAAUAUCUAUCUCAGACGUAUUUUUGAGUGUGGCAUAUUGGCCAAGAUGAAGAGCGAUGCAUGGCAGGAAACAAUCGAAGGUGGCAUCACCAAGCUUAUGCGUGGUGAGGAGGAUGAGCUAAAACCAUACGAUUUGGAAUUUUAUUACUAUGCAUAUAUCUUGUGGGCUGUGGGUUUGGUAUUGUCAAUGCUCUGCUUCAUGCUGGAGCGGUUUCGUGGGCACAUGACUAAGCAAUUUCAAUUGUACGGUUAA